AUGGCCGAGCGCCGGGCGGCCAAGGGCCGGCGCAUGGGCUCCAGCCGGCGCAAGCAGCUGCGUGAGGGCUCCAGCGAGGCACCGGCAGCAGCCCCCGGCCCCAGCGAGGAGCUGCCAGGGGCAUCCGAUUUAGUGCAGAGGGUGCAGGACUUCUUCAGGGAGCGAGACAAGGACCAGGCGGGGUUUGUCACCCGCUCGGACAUGCAGAAAUUGCAGGAGGAAGAUAUCCCGUGCAGCAAAGAGGAGCUGGAGCUCAUAUUCGAUGGGCUGGAUGCUGCCGGCACCGGGCGGUUAAGCACCGAGGAGUUCACUGCUGGGCUCCGGCAGUUCCUGAGCUCCCAAAAAGCUGCCAGGGACCACCGCCGGCGGAAAACAGCAUCCCGGAGGGUCCGCUUGGUCCUCCCCAGCCCAGCGUUGGAGGGGGUGGACAGUGAGGAGCAGAGACAAUUUGCUGCCUUCAUGGACCAGCUGGGCACAGACAACGUCUCUGAAGAACAGGAGAUCUGGCAGCUCUGGGUGAAGCUCCGGCAGGAUGAACCCCAGCUCCUGGGCAACCUGGAGGACUUUCUGGCCAAGAUGAAGCACCGCAUCCAAGAAGCCAGAAGCAAGAAGACAGCUUUGGAGGUGACCCUGAACAUGCGUGUGGCUGAGCACGACAAGGAGGUGCAGCAGCUCUGCGAGGCCCUGGAGCAGCAGAUCCAGCAGGAGCAGCAGCGGCUGGACAUGGCCCGGAGCCACCAGCACAGCAUGGAGCUGCAGCAAGCACUGGAUGCCAGCGAGAGGGAGGUGCAGCGCUUGGUCACAGCACAGAUGGAGCUGGAGAUGCGGUGCCGCAGCCUCCGCAGUACACAGCAAGCCACCAGCACCGAAAACCAGCAGCUGGAGGAGAGUAACCAGGUGCUGGAGGACCGCCUGCAGCAUCUCCACCAGCAGCUCCAGCAGACCCAUGGGCGCCUGCGGACUGCGAGGGCCGCGGUGGCGCGGGAGCAUGCAGAGGAGCCUGGGGACAGAGCGGUAGCAGAGAUGCCUGACGAGAUGCCGCUGUCCCCACAGAUGAGUCCAGAGAAGAGCGAGAAGAGAUCCGAGAUGCAGAUCAGGCUGGGGUCCCAGAGCACCGAGCCCAAACGCAAGAGCACCCACCACGUGGUUUGGGAAGUGCUGCCCACAGAAAUAAGCGUUUUGGGAGCCCCACUGAGAGCAAGCUCCAUGGAAGAGGACCCCUUCCCAGAAUUUCUGAAAGAGGAACGAUUUUCUGACCAAAGCUCUUUGCUAAGAGAGAUGAAUGAUGCAAUCGCAGCUCUGAGCAAACAGCUGAAGCCACAGGCACUGGGUGCACCCUCUGUGCCGGCAGAUGCUGCCCAUCACCCCCGGGACGAUGCUGAGCCCCAAACGGGGCCGGAGGCAGCCACAGCCCAUGGCACAACCCCCAAGGUCCUGCAAGAGACCCUCCCCGGCCACGUCAGUUAUGAGCUGUUCGAAGGAGACCUGAAAGAGGGACCAGCCACAGCUCACCUUCAUGCUCCAGACGUGACACAGGCUGGUGCGUCCAUGGGAGCCGGGCACCACAGGGCUCAGGACCUGGGGGCAGAGCAGGGAGAGAGCCCAGAGGAGGCGUGGAGGAUGUUAUUCCUGCAAGGAAAGGGCGCUGGUGUGAAGGAGCUGAUGCUAAAGGCAGCUGAGCAUCCGCAAGGAGCACUGGGAGAGAGCAUGGAGGCAAGAGAGCAGGCGCUCAUGGAGGUGGAGGGAGAAGGAUGGAUGCAGGAAAAAACAGAUUGGGAAAAGGCACAGCUCCUGGGAGAAGCUGAGGAAGUGGCAUUAAACCAGGGAGAAAAUCUGGAGGCAGGUCUGGGGCCACCUGAGGCUGGGGAGGCAGGUCUAGCAGCGGGAUGGCAGCUUGGCCCAGCUGUGGCUCCAGAAGAGCGUGCGCAGCCCCCAGGAACGGGGCUGGGGGAAGAGGCUGACCCGUCAUCGGGGCUCUCUGAGAAACUUGAAAUAAAGCCUGGAGAGCGCCUGGAGCCAGAGCCACCAUCCUGGGGUGAGGCACGGAUGGGAGCAGCCCGGGGGGAUAGUGUCCUCCCCGAGGUGACAGUGGCUCCCGACCUCGGGAUGCUGGAGGAAGAGCGCGUCGGUGCAGAGGCACAGCCCUGGGGAGAGACCUUAGACGCCGAUGUGCCGCCAGCCCCAGCUCAGCAUGGAGGGAGCAGCAGAGCUGGGGCCGAGGAAGGGGAGGUGGAGGUAACGCAGCCCAGGGAGGCAGAGCCGUGGCCGCAGGGUGAGUCUGCGAGGGGAGAUGCAGCGUGGGGAGGGAGCACAGGAGCAGAGGUGCUGCUGCCACCAACUGACACGCAGGAAGGUGGAGUGGGGACAGAUGUGCAACCGCUGGAGGCCCAGAGCAGCAAUGCCAACGUGCAGCUGCUCGUAGAGGUGGAGGAGCUCAAAGCGAGCACGGAGGCAGCUCUGCAGCCCCUGAGUGAGGCUGGCUCCCCGGGGACAGAGCAGGGAUGGAGCGUGGCUCCAGGUGUGCAACCACUGGAGGAGGAUGAUAAACCAGAGUUAGGGCUGGGGGAGGAAAUGGGUGCUGCUGCGGUGCAUGGUGAGGGUCCUUUCCCAGCAGAAACACCUGCAGGGAGCCCAGACCUGGGUGGGCUGUUCCCAGUUAAAGCUCAGGCACUGGGACUGGUGAAAGCAGAGGAAUCUCAGGCAGACAGGCAGCUGCUUGGGGAUCCCAGUCCAGAAGCCCCCCAAGGAGGGGAGGACCAUGCAGCCAUGCAGCUCAGGGAGGAGGCUGCGGAUGGGGGACGAGGGCAGGGCAAGCACGAGCUGCCACGUGAGCCUGUUCUGCACGGGGCAGGAUUCGGGCAGGGAGAGGGGGCUGGUGCAGAGGAGCAGCCUGGAGCCGAGGCCGAUGAACACAGUGCUGGCAGGGGGGACCCCGCUCCUCUGCCCACGGUGCUGUUUGGGGAGCAGAGGCCAGGAGCGGAGGUGGAUGGAGAUGUACAGAACCGGGAGGAAGAGGGGGAGCUGGAGCUGGUACAGGGAGAGGGAAUCAGUGAGGAUGGGCUGUUCCCAGUUAAGGCUUGGGCCCUGGAACUGGCACAGUCAGAGGACUCCCAGGCAGACCCACAGCUGUGGGGGGGUGCCAGCCCAGAAAUCCCCCAGGGAGGGGAGGGUGGAGCAGCCGUACAUCUCAUGGAGGAGGCUGAUGAUGGGGCACAAGAGCAGGGUGAGCGUGGGCUGCCACACGAGCCUGUGCUUGAUCCGCAGGGAGCAGGAGUCGGGCAGGGAGAGGAGGCUGGUGCGGGCAUGCAGCUGUGGCAGGAGGCUGCAAUCCUGGGCACGCUGGAGGACCAGAGCACUGAUGCAAAUGUGCAGCUGCUUGCAGAGGUGAAUGAGCUCAAACUGACCCCAGUUGGGAGCACAGAGGCAGAUCUGCAGCCCCUGAGUAAGGUCACCUCCCUGGAUACAGAGCAGGGAGGGACCACGGCUCUGGAUGUGCAGCCCCUGGAUCAGGUCAAUAAACCAGAGUUAGUGGAAAUGGAGGCAGAGGACACCCAGGCAGACGCGCAGCUGCAUGGGGUUGCCAGCCCAGAAACCCAGCAGGGCUGGGGGGACCGUGCAGCCGUGCAGCUCGUGGAGGAGGCUGAGGAUGGGGCACAAGAGCAGGGUGAGCGUGGGCUGCCACACGAGCCUGUGCUUCACCCGCAGGGGGUGGCCAUCGGGCAGGGAGAGGGGGCUCCUGAAGGUGUGCAGCCCCCUGAGGAGGCUGUAAUCCUGGGCAUGCUGGAGGACCAGAGCACUGAUGCAAAUGUGCAGCCACUUACAGAAGUGGAGGAGCUCAAAUCAACCUCGGGAGGGAGCACAGAGGCAGAUCUGGCACCCCUGGGCGCAGCUGGGGUGCGGGAAGGGGAGCAGAGCCAGACUCCUGGUUUGGAGGCAGGUCUGUGUGCGGCUCACGCUGCAGACAUGUGGGAGGAGGCUGCUGGGGCACAUGUGUACCCCCCAACUGAGACUGCUUUACAUCCUGAGUGUGCCACUGCUGUCAAGGGUCCUGGUCUGGAAGCAGUGCUGGGAGCACUCACUGGUCCAGAUGGGCAGGUCCUGGAGGAUACCCAGACACUGGAAAUACCGCAGGGAGAGCGGGCUGAUGCAGAGGAGACGCCUUUGGAUGGAGCUCAAGGUCUGGAAGUGGUGCAGGGAGAGAGGCUGGAGGCAGGGGCGAGGAUUUUAGUUGAAACUCAGAGUCUAGGGAUAAAGCAGGGCCAUGAUGACGCUGCAUCUGCGCUGGCCCCCCUGGUCUCCGAGGUGACAUUACAAAUCAGCACACUAAAGCUGGAAAUGCUGAUGCGGGAGGAUGUUCUCGUUCCAGAUGUGCAGCAGCUAGGCGCUUCGGGACAGGCAGCCCAAAGCGAGCUGCGGGAGCAGGUCUCGGCACAGGCAGAUAAGAUGAUGCUUCGCACUGCUUCCCAGCAGCCAGAGGAGAAGCCGCCGCAUGUGAUGGAAACAGAGCAGGUAGCUGCCGGACCUGCCAAGCCUCCAAAACAGGAGAUGCCACCAGUGUCAACCCUUUGCACAAGGGUCCAACAGGAGGAAGAUGUUGGGAAUGAUCAGUUGGGGAUGGUCCUCGGAGAUGGCUCACUGGGGGAUGCAGCCAACAGCAGCACGCAGCCUCAAAGGCAGCUCUUGGGAGAACAGAGUGAAGACCUCAGUGUUGGUCAACAGGAGAAGAAGCAAGAGAUUGGGUGGAAAAUGAGCCAGGAUGGCAAGCCCAGCCCAGGAAAGGCAGGGGCCAUGGCUGCAGAUGGGGCAGGAGCUGCUCCAACAGGUUCUCCUGAAGCUUCCCCAGACCCAGACCACCUCUACAAUGUGCUGUUCAUUGGGGACUCCCACGUGGGCAAAACAUCAUUCCUGUACCGGUUGCAUGCCAACACCUUCAACCCGCACCUCACCGCCACAGUAGGACUGGAUUAUUGGGUCAAACACUUUGUCGUGGACAACAAGCGCUUUGCUCUCCGCCUGUGGGACUCAGCUGGUCAGGAAAGGUACCACAGCGUCACCAAGCAGUUCUUCCGGAAGGCAGACGGGGUCGUGCUGAUGUACGAUAUCACGUCGGAGUACUCCUUCUCCGACGUGCGGUACUGGCUGAGCUGCAUCCAGGAAGGAGCAGAAGACGGAGUCGCUGUUCUGCUUCUUGGGAACAAAACUGACUGCGCUGCAGCGAGACAGGUCCCUACGAAGGAGGGGGAACGCUUGGCCAAGGAGCAUCAGCUCAUGUUUUACGAAUGCAGUGCUGCUUCAGGCCACAAUGUCUCCGAGUCUAUGGUCAGCUUAAUCAGGUUGCUCAAAGUUCGUGAAGAGGAAAUGAAAAAUAAGGCAGAAGAGGUACCAAAGCCACCUCAGAAGAAAAAGGGCUGCUGCUGGUGA